UGUUGUAAUAUUCUCAUUCUCACAUUAUCAGUAUAAUCUGAACUGAGAUCUGCUGCUGUGAAGAUGGAGUUUAUUAAAGAGGAGAGUGAAGAGGACAUCAGUGAACUAGAAACCUGUAUAAUAAAACAAGAGGAACCAGAACCCUGCAGAAUAAAACAAGAGGAACCAGAACCCUGCAGAAUAAAACAGGAAGAACCAGAAACAUUGAGAAUAACACAGGAGGAACCAGAACCCUUGAUAAUAAAACAGGAGGUACAAGGAGAGUUUAAUGAAGGAUAUGAGGAGAAUGUAGAAUUGAGUGAAUCUGAGGUGAAAAAACAUAUAAAAACCAGAGAAAAACAUUGGAGUUGCACUCAAACCAAACAAAAAGAUUUGAAGAAAAGAAGAGCAAAGACAUAUUUCAACUGCACUCAGUGUGGAAAGAGCUUUACAAGCAAAUAUAGACUUAAUGUUCACAUGAGAGGUCAUACUGGAGAGAAACCAUUCAAGUGUUCACACUGUGACAAGAGAUUCAUUUAUUCAGGAGACCUGAAAACACAUGAGAGGAUGCACACUGGAGAAAAACCACACACAUGUGAUCAGUGCGGGAAGAGUUUCACAAUAAAAGGACACCUUAAUAGGCACAUGCGAGUUCAUACCGGAGAGAAACCAUUCACUUGUGAUCAGUGCAGGAAGAGUUUCACGAUAAAAGGACACCUUAAUAGACACAUGAGAGUUCAUACUGGAGAGAAACCAUUCACUUGUGAUCAGUGCGGGAAGAGUUUCACACAAUUGUCACAUCUUAAGGAUCACAUGAACAUCCACACUGGCGAGAAGUGGCACACGUGUGAUCAAUGUGGCAAAACAUUUUUGAGGGCAUCAGACCUGAUGAAACACAAGAUAGUUCAUACAAAGGAGAAACCACAUUCAUGUUAUUUGUGUGGGAAGAGUUAUUCAUGUCUUCAAAGCUUGAAAGAACAUCAGAAAAUACACACUGCUGUGAAAGAGUAUGUGUGCUUUGUGUGUGAGAAGACUUUUACUUUAUCUAAAUAUUUAAAACAGCAUGAGAGGAUCCACUGUGGAGAAACACCUUACAAGUGUUCACACUGUAACAAGAGAUUCAGUCAGGCACCACUUCUGAAACGACACGAGAAGAUUCACUCUGGAGAGAAACCUUACCAGUGUACACACUGUGAACAGAGAUUCAGCCAGUCAGGAAAUCUGAAAAGACACGAGAGAAUCCACUCUGGAGAGAAACCUUACAAGUGUUCACAUUGUGACAAGAGGUUCAGUCAGUCAGGAGACCUGAAAACACACCAGAGGAUCCACUCUGGAGAGAAACCAUAUCACUGAACUGCAUGUGGGAAUCGUUAUAAUCAACCAUCUGCUCUACACAGUCAUAUAAAAAGCUAUCACAGCAAGUAGAUCAUCUUCAGAUCAGCACUUUCACGUCUGAUGCUGCAUCCCCGUCAAAUGAAACACAAUAAUGCAUCAAGUAGUAAAACAUCAUCUGGAUAAAUCUGUCCUAACCAGACAUUAAAAAAGAGACAUGACAAAGAAACAUUAAUUGAAGUUUCAAAGUGAAGAAAGUUAAUCUUUAUCUUCAAAACCAGAGAAAAAUGUCAGAAAUAUUUAUUCUUGUAUAUCAUUGUGUUUUCUUAUAAGUUGCAUAUUAUGUUCAGUUGUCUUAUAAUGCAUAUGUGUCACCUGUAGUUUGCUUAGUUUGCUUUUGAUGUUUGAUGUAAAUUACAGUGGUAUAUUAGAGGAAAUUUAGUGUCUUGAGGACAUGUGUUUCUGUUAAUUCCACGUGACCA